AUGGAAGAACAAGGGUUUUCAAAACCCAACGCUAGAGGAGAGAUGGGAAAUAUCGUUCGUGCUUUUGAGUCAAUGUCUCUGGAAGAAAAAGAAGUUCCGUUCGAUUUGCCUGAUUUACCACAAUUCAGUGCGAUAGAAAGAAACAAGAUGAGUAUAUUGGGACGUACUUUAAACCCUGAGAAUCAGAACAUAGCUGAUCUUAUUAGGGACAUGCCAAGGAAGUGGCAGGUGUAUGGAAGGGUACAUGGGAUUGCUCUGUCAAAAACGACUUUUCAGUUUAUUUUCAAGUAUGAGCAUGAUCUGGAGGAGGUGCUAAGUAAUAGAGUCUGGACUUUCAAUGACUGGAGCAUAAUAAUUGACCGCUGGACAGAGACGCCAUAUGAGGAUUACCUAAAGUAUUUAUUAGUGUGGGUUCCGAUUCGUAAUAUUCCGGUGAAUCACUACACUGCGGGGGCGAUUACUGCCCUGGGGGAUAUCAUUGGGAGAGUGGAUGUGGUUGCUUUUGACCCAGAUAAACCGCAGACAAACGACUAUGUUCGUGUGAGAGUUUUCUUUGAUGUUUCAAGACCUGUGAGAAGAUCAAAAGUGGUGAACCUACCUAAAGGAGGUGGAUCUCAUCAAGAUAAAGCAAAGGACUGGAGGAAAAAAGUUAACGAGGAGAAUCAGAGGGAGGAAGAAGGAAAGCAGAUCUUUAUGGUCACUAUCGAGAAAGAUGAUCCUCUGUAUGGUGUUUUGAAUGAUGAUCAAGUGGGUGUGGACAAAGCUACGGGUCGGAGGAAGAUCAACCCUGAGGUCCUACAACAGAUGAGGGAGUACUUUCUGGCUGCUGAAGAAGGUGAGAAGCGUAUAAGGCAGGAACGGGUUCGUAAAUCUGUAUCUGACUUGGAUAAUGAUCCGCUAGGGCAGAAGAAGUUUCUGCAUUUUGAAGCUCCUCCAAUGAUAACUCAUGAAGUGGACAAAGGGAAAGGUUUUGUUUUUGGUUACUCAUAA